AUGUUCUUCAUCAGCUCGUUCACCAACCCCACAUCGCGGGCCUACGCGAUCACUAUCGAUAAACCCGGGCGUGGUUCUAUUGGCCAACUAACUCGAUGUAAUUGCGAACACUACAUCCGCUACGGUAGCGCCUGUAAACACAUGUAUUACCUGGCCCGCGAGUAUCGGAUGCACGUUGUGGAGAGUGCAUUAAUUCCGCUGGAGGCCCUCGUCGUCGAUCCAACGCUGGAAAACAUCCAGACCUUGAUCAUGAAGCCAUCUAUUUUGAGCCUCACUAAGGAGCUGGACUCUGACGAGGAGAUUGGCAGCUUUGGUCAUCUAUCUAAUAAGCGCAAGCUGUUCAUCGACCUCGUCGUCGGCCCCGACCCCGACCCGUUGCAGUUCACUAAAAGGCCCCGGCUCGAUUCCCUGUCGCUAUCUCCGCAGUCGUCUCAUACUUCCAAUGAAACUUUCCCUGGUCAGGACGAAAAUCUAGACCCAAAUCUUUUCACCGACUAA